AUGCAUGCUUAUGGUGGCAUUUGCAGCAAUGCAUGUCCAAAGAAAUGUGUCUGUGAACAUGCAAAAUCUGUGCAGUGUUUCAGGGUACAAGGUGUUCCCUCAGGUAUUGCAAGAGAUGUGAGGAGACUAAACCUGGGAUAUAAUCACAUCAAGGAUCUAAAGAGCAGGGAUUUCUCCGGCCUGGCUAGUCUUGAGGAAGUGAUUUUACCUUCCUGUGGACUGGAGAUGGUGGAGGCCGGUGCGUUCAGGGCUCAGGGGAACCUGAAAAUUCUGGAGCUUCAGAAAAACAAGCUGAGGCACUUCCCACGCGGUCUGCCCCACAGUCUGGAGACGCUCAAACUGGCCAACAACAGGAUCCAAAGCCUCCAGGAGCCUGCUUUUGAGGGCCUGCGGAGACUGCGUGUGCUGGACCUUCAGAACAACCUGAUAACCAACCUGCGGGCCAGCACACUCUCCCCGCUCGUAAAACUGGAAUGCCUUUAUCUGGAUGGCAAUAACAUUGAGACUGUCCAGGGCUCCCUCAGGCUAACUCGGCUGAACCUGCUCAGCAUGGGGAACAACAGGAUUCCUUCUCUGUCGUCAGCAUUCUUCACACUGCUACAGUCUCUUGCAACGUUGCGUUUACCAGGGAAUGUCCUGGUAAGAGUCCCGCACGACCUCCCCCAAGCGCUGUCCUCCUUGAACCUGGACAGGAACCAAAUACGGGCCCUGAGGAGUCGGGAGCUGGGUCACCUGCGUCAUCUUGUGGCUCUCUCCGUGUCCCAUAAUAAGCUGGUGUCUGUGGAUGGAUCCCUGCGUCUGCCCAACCUGACAGUGCUGGAGGUAUCAGGGAACCACCUCCGUACCCUGCCCAGCAGGCUGACCUCAAGGCUGGAGAGACUGGACUGCGGGCAGAACUCCAUCCAGGAGGUCACCUUCCAGCAGCUGUCUGGAAUGAGACAACUGAGACACCUGUUUCUAGAGAACAACACCAUCCAUCACUUUGAGGCCAACGCACUGAGGAACUGCAUGCACCUAACCAACCUGGCUCUGGAACAGAACCUCCUCGCUGCAAUUCCAGAGGGUCUCCCUGAAACACUGGUGCGGCUAGACCUGAAGGGGAACCGUAUUGAGACUAUACAGGAACGGGAGCUGAUGACUCUCAAGCGUCUCCAGGUGUUGAAUCUGCGCAACAACAAGCUUUCCUCCCUGAGCCUGUCAGCACUGGAGCUGCUGCCGCGGCUGAGGAAGGUCUACCUGGACGGCAACCCCUGGAACUGCAGCUGCGAGAUAGUCCGUGUCAAGAGGAGGCUGCAGGCGAGGAAAGUAGAGAUCCGCAGCGAGCUGUGCAACGAUCCGAUUCGUGCGCCAGGAGACGACUGGCGCGCCUACCUCAGGGAGCAAGAUAAGUGCGAAGAGUAUAUCCGGGAAACGGUUCCGCAGAGUCAAGAAAAGAAUACAGCGCACAUCGAGCAUACAGAUAAUGAAGAAUACUAUGACUACGACGCCUAG